AUGAGUUUCCUCGACUCGGUUCUAUCGUCUAUCGAGACGGGAAAGCCAGCCCGGAUUCCACCAGUUUCUUCCCCCCUCUCUCCCCCCGUUUCAUCGGCAACUGCCAAGGCAGAGGUUCGCAAACCCUCCACGACCUUGAAAGAUGGCCCUCCUGAGCGAAAGCCUGUCACCGUCGGUCUGAAGCGCAAAGCUGAGGAGCCGCUUCAACGGCCUCAGAAGCCUGACUCUCAAGUACCCCGCAAAGCCGCUCCCUCUAAAUCGGUGCCUUCGUCUACAGCACCUAAACCUCGUCCGGGAAAUUCUACCACUCCCGCUCCGAAACCCAGGACUGCUAGUACGACGCCUACAUCUCAAAAGACCGCUGCACCGGUCCAGUCGAAAGCCCCACCAAAAGGAUCCUAUGCGGAUCUUAUGAUGAAGGCACAGGCACUACAACAGAAGGCCCCAACUCAGGUUGGCAUGUUCAAACAUCAGGCUGUUCCCAAAGAGAAGCUUAGCAAACUGGAGCGCAAGAAACGGGAGAUGGAAGCCAAGGCGAAGGGAAAGGAUCCGCGGUUGUCGAAGAAACCCGGGGUUGGCUCUAGUGCCUCCGCCGCGAGACCUGGCGAUGGAAAGCUUGCUAAGAAGCGGGAACAUGAAGAACUCUCCUACAAAGGGACUGCGCGGCCCACGACAUCCCCUGCGGUACCUGAAUACCGUGGAACAGCCGGAUUGCCGCCUCGUCGCGACCCGAACAGCCGUAAGGACCGUGCUGGAGCCGGUAGACGGUCCCGAUUGGAUGAGUAUCUUGGAACGGACGAAGAGGACGAGGGCGAUCUCGUGGACGACUAUGACGACCACUAUUCGGAUGCAUCCUCGGAUAUGGAGGGUGGUUUCAACGACGUGGAGGAAGAAGAGGCGGCAGCUUUAGCUGCUGCCAGAAGAGAGGACGAAGAAGAGUGGCGUGCGGAGCUUGCGGCCAAGCGGGAGAAGGAAGAGCGCCGCAAGAAGCUUGCUGCACUAGCGUCCAGGCGGUACUAG